UCAGACCAGACUAGUCCUGCCACACCCUUCGACAGCUACGGAGACCCUGGCGCUUCCUGACUGGCAUGGCACCACCUUACGGUGUAUAGCUUUGGUGAGGAAUGGCGCUUCUCGUUUUGGAUCACUGCUCAGAUUCUACCCGGGGUUCCGCCCGCUCAGUCAUCCUUCCGCAACUUCAAAUCUCCUCUUUGUUGGUAAUGCUUUCCAAGGUAAGUACUUUACAAUCACGCUCUGCUAGAGCAGUAGGUCGAGUAUCUUACUGGGGUCCUUCCUUCCAACGGACCGACAUCGAUGGCUUCAUCCUUCCGUCCGCUGGAAGACUCAAUCAGCAGCUUGGGAGCGAACCUAAUGUGCGCCUCUUGGAGAAUUUUCCGCUGUGCCUCUUCCUUCGUAUUAACAACACAUCACCGUCCAGCAGCAGUCAAUCGCCAUCUUCCCAUCCCUUUCGGGUAUGCUUAACACACAAUUCGCUUUGCCAUGGCUCGCCAUCCGCCUCUAACCUUUGGUGCCAGCUCCAUCAGUCUUCUCGCGGGCUAUUUUCUUUACACUCGCGGUCCUCGCGUAGCUAACGUGCCUCGAACUCAUCUCCGCCGCACCUAUUUGCGUCCACCACCAACUAGGGUCUAUACAGCUUCGCCACUGUUUACCGGUCCCUUUCAACAUCGAAUCAAAUCCUCAGAUCGGGGCUUUUCUGCGGCAGGAUCUCUGCUGCAGUGUUUCACGUCCGCGAAAAUGGCAAGCCGUCAAUCCAAUGUCCUUGGCCGACUGGUCAACGAUCAAGUCCAAUACAGCUUCAUCCCACACCACCCCAUCAAACUCGGCCCCGGUCUGCAUCUGAGCAUCCAGUCGUCUUUUCCAUUUCAUAUCGACCGGAAGAUGCAUCAUGUCGCUUUCUUUGGAGCAACGGGGUACACCGUGUUCAGAUGUUUGAUGCAUGCUCUUCGGGAUAUCUCAAUAUUCUGCCAUGUGUAUGUCAGAUGCAAGGCAAGUCUCCUGGAGAUGUUUGACGACGCGGAUGACUUCAGAACGGAAUACCUUGACCGCAUGACAGUUUUCACGGCAGACUUGACACCAGAAAAUGCAGCUAAAGUCCUGUUCCCAGAGGUUCUCCGAGGAGAGCCCGUACACACAGUUGUCUACGGCAUUGGGGGCUUCAGGACUUAGGAGAUCUCAGCAGG